CUGUCUCUUGCAUUCAAAUCUUUGAGUGAAAAUCAUGAAUAAGUUGAUUGCUACAACUCUUGCGGUUUUCUUGUUCACGUUUGUUGUCACAAAUGAAGCCAAUUCCAUAACCAAGAAGCACUAUAUAGUAUAUAUGGGAGAUCACUCUUUCUCGAAUUCGAAUUCGGUUAUAUCGUCAAACCAUGAUUUGCUUGCAUCAGUUACUGGCUGCAGCAUCCAUCAAGCCAAAGAAGCAACAGUCCACCAUUACAGUAAAAGCUUUAGAGGCUUCUCAGCGAUACUUACAGACGAUCAAGCACAACAGCUUCGCGAAACAGAAUCGGUUAUAUCAGUUUUUGAAAGUAAGAUCAACCAACUCCAUACAACCCAUUCCUGGGAUUUCCUUGGCAUCGACGAUGUUCCACAAAAUAACGCAAACGUUGAAUUGAAAUCAGACGUGAUCGUUGGCGUCAUUGAUUCUGGAGUUUGGCCUGAGUCAGAAAGCUUCAACGAUAACGGAUUAGGGCCUGUCCCGAAAAGAUUCAAGGGAGAAUGUGUUCCUGGAGAUCAGUUCACAGUUGAGCACUGCAACAGGAAGAUAAUCGGUGCUCGGUAUUACUCUCAAGGAAAUGAAAAAGCUACAGGACCGUUUGAGUCUCGAAAUCUAACAUUCUUUCGAUCUGCACGUGAUAGCGAUGGCCAUGGAACUCAUGUUGCAUCAACAGUUGCUGGAUCAGUUGUCAAUAAUGUGAGUUUAUUUGGUAUGGCAAGUGGAACUGCAAGGGGCGGUAUGCCGAGUGCUAGACUUGCCAUAUACAAAACGUGUUGGCUUGGUGGUGGAUGUACAGACGCUGAUAAUCUAGCAGCCUUUGAUGAUGCCAUUAGUGAUGGAGUUGAUAUCAUUUCUAUCUCUAUAGCUGCUUCUCCAGAUGGUUUCUUUGAUGAUCCCAUUUCAAUUGGAUCUUUCCAUGCGUUCAAGAAAGGUAUUCUUGUUUCUACUUCAGCGGGAAAUACAGGUGUUGCUACAACAAAAUGCGCUCCUUGGCUCCUAACUGUUGCUGCUAGCUCUAUCGACCGAGAAUUCAUUUCCAACGUUCAGCUUGGAAAUUCAAAGAUUUUGAAGGGAUCCUCUAUAAACCCAUUAAAAAUGGAUAAAUUUCACCGGAUAAUAUUUGCAAGUGAUGCAGCUGCUGCAGGUGUUUCAGCAGGAAACGCAAGCUCAUGCAUCGAAGGCACGCUAGACCAUAAGUUGAUUAAGGGGAAGAUAGUGGUGUGCAGGGGAAAUGGUAGUGGGAAAGAUAUUGCUGUAAGAGAUGGUGGUGGUGGUGGUAUGAUACUUUUCGCCCCCUCACUUGGACUACUAAGUGAUAGCAGCCCUCAGUACGUCAUUCCAACUACUGUUCUUGACACAAAAGAAAUACAAGUUCUUCGAAAAUACGCAACCCAAGCGAAGAGCCCAAUCGCUAAAAUAUUCCCAUCAACGACAGCAAUUGCCAACAACACCACUCGUGCACCAAAAAUGGCACGCUUUUCUUCGAUUGGACCAAAUACUGUCACCCCUGACAUUAUCAAACCUGACAUUACAGCACCUGGUGUGAGGAUAUUGGGAGCCUGGACUCCAGUAGGUUUGAGAGCAGAACGAUCUGUUGACUAUAAUGUUCUUUCAGGAACGUCCAUGGCCUGCCCACAUGCCUCUGCAAUCGCGGCCAUCAUUAAAAGUCACCACCCUUCGUGGAGUCCAUCAGCUAUAAAAUCUGCCAUAAUGACAACAGCAAAUGCCAUGGAUAAUACCAAGAGACCCAUAUUGGAAAGUCCCACCGAUUCUCCAGCGUCACCAUUCAACUACGGAUCCGGGCAUGUAAAUCCCAUAGCAGCACUAGAUCCUGGACUGGUAUAUGAAUUUGGCUCCAAUGACAUACUCAACUUCUUAUGUGGUGCUCGUGCAAACUCUUCGCAAAUUCAAAUGGUCACUGGAACGAAAAUCACUUGUAAAAACCCACUAAUUCCCACUUACAAUUUAAACUAUCCUUCAAUUGGUGUGGCCAGUAUGAACGGAAAGGUAACGGUUAAACGAACAGUGACAUAUGUUGGUCGUGGCCCAGCAACUUUCAGAGCUUUUACUAAGAACCCAUCUGGUGUUAAAGUCACAGUAAAACCAAGUGUGCUAAGAUUCAAAAGAACUGGUGAAAGGAAGUCAUUUCGGGUUCGUUUCAUUCCUUCCAAAGCUAGUAAUGGAAGUUUUGUUUUCGGAUCCAUGAGUUGGAGAAGUGAUCUAUACCAAGUUAGAAGUCCGAUUGCAGUGAAUGUAAUUACAGUCUAAUCAAGAAUGUGCAGUAGUAAACUUUACAAUAAGAAGUUUCAGAUCAAUCGCAAUGUAAUUUAGACACAGUGUGUUCGCUUUGAUUGGUGCUGACCCCUGCAUUAGGGGAUUGAUUUGUAAUAAAUUUCAGUAUACAUCACCAGAUAAUUUUCUU